UUCUGAGUUUUAAGACUGCAACAGAAAAGACAGGGAAAUUCUGGAAGACAUGGCACUUGUAACAACAACCACUCCGACCAUAAACGAUGGGCCACUGUUCGCCGAGGUGAACAUGGGUUCCGAUUUCACCGCGCCCACGGUCCGAGCCACCGUUGUUCAAGCCUCCACCAUCUUCUACGACACCCCCGCCACUUUAGAUAAGGCAGAGAGAUUGCUGGCUGAAGCGGCUAGCUAUGGAUCACAGCUGGUAGUGUUUCCAGAAGCAUUUGUGGGUGGCUACCCGCGUGGUUCCGUUUUUGGUUGUGCUAUUGGAAUCAGAACAGCCAAGGGUAGAGAGGAGUUCCGCAAGUAUCAUUCUGCAGCCAUUGAUGUGCCUGGUCCUGAAGUGGAUAGAUUGGCAGCAAUGGCAGGGAAGUAUAAAGUGCACCUAGUUAUGGGUGUGAUAGAGAGGGAUGGCUACACUCUUUAUUGUACCAUACUAUUCUUUGAUUCUCAAGGUCAUUACCUAGGAAAGCACAGGAAACUCAUGCCAACAGCAAUGGAGCGGGUUAUCUGGGGAUUUGGAGAUGGAUCAACCAUUCCAGUGUUUGAAACUGCCAUUGGAAAAAUAGGUGGUGCCAUUUGUUGGGAGAACAGGAUGCCACUAUUAAGGACAGCAAUGUAUGCUAAAGGUGUGGAGAUAUAUUGUGCACCUACAGCUGAUGCCAGGGAUGUGUGGCCAGCCUCAAUGACCCACAUUGCUCUUGAAGGUGGAUGUUUUGUUUUAUCAGCAAACCAGUUCUGUAGAAGGAAGGAUUAUCCACCCCCUCCAGAGUAUGUUUUUUCAGGCACAGAAGAGGAGCCAACUCCAGAUUCUAUUGUAUGUGCUGGCGGUAGUGUCAUUAUUUCACCAUCAGGGGCUAUUCUGGCUGGUCCAAAUCAUGAAGGGGAGGCACUGAUCUCAGCAGACCUAGAUCUUGGAGAAAUAGCUAGAGCUAAGUUCGAUUUUGAUGUGGUUGGACACUAUUCACGGCCUGAAGUACUCAGCUUGGUUGUCAGGGACCAUCCAACAAUCCCAGUUACUUUUACAUCAUCAUCAACAAAAAUUGAAGACAAGACCAAGUAGCUUCUUCCUUUUAUGAUCAGCAACUUCUGAACUUCUAAUUCUGAACCUGUCCACAUUUUUAUCCUUUUCUGUCUUCGUUGUAUAUUAACAUUUGUAUCAUCGAUACAAUUUAGAUGAGCUUAUUUGGGCUUUACCUAAAUCAAUAAUUGGAUGAUUGAAUGUUGUUAAUGAUCUUGAAACAUUGUUUACAGUACUUAGCCAUCAAUUAGUUACA